AAAACUCCUUCACCAAUUCCUCCUAAAAAUAUAGAGCAAUUACAUUAUUCAUAUGAAAGUGAUAAUCCCUUUGAUGGGCCUCCUAUACCACAUAAACCAGAUAAAUUACGUUCAGCAAGAAUUGAUAGAUUAGAAUCUAUAAUGGGUAAAGUUGCAGACACCAUGGGUAGUGUUGCAGAUUCUAAUGAAUCUGAACUAGAAAAUACUAACCUAUUUUUAGCAAAAUUGGACUUAGAAAAAACUCUGUCUAGAGAAAGAGAUGAAUUGACACAGAUAAAGGAUGAUUUAGUUUCA